CUUCAUUGGCUCAUUUUGCUGAACGCGGCACCUCACUUGUCACUUUGCUGAUACCAGCUCAGAGUGAUCGCUCAUUGUCUGAUUUCCUCCCUAAUACCGUUGGCACCAUACAAAGUCGUUAUCAGCUUUGUAUGCUGAACGACGAUCAGAACAAGUGAUGAGUUGGCUUUCUUGCAAGUUGAGGACAUAUAAACGCCAGCCGAAUCCUCGCUGAUUUUGCUUUGCAACUGACAUCACCUGUCAUGACCAUUCCCGCGCACACGUUGUCUUGGCGAUAAUGCAUGGCCAUGUGCAUUAUUGGUCCAAGCACACUUGUUGCCAUGCUGGUCCAUGCGCUUACCCCUAUACUUGCUCUUGUGUUCUCCUCUAUCGAUCUAUGCGUUACCUCAUGUUAUGCUCUGCAUUUCAUUUAUUUAUUUUAUUAUCGUUGUCUCUUCUGUUUCGCAUCUUUUAGUAUAAAUACCCCGAUCUCUUUUAUGAAAUAAACCCCA